GAUAAGAUGAGCCUAUAUAACCCUUUCCCCAACGUUUCCCCGUCAUUCAUGUCUCUUAUAAACCCCCUUACUUCUUUCUUCACUGCAGGGGUCGAACUGUAUUCCAUCCAGCGAGUGUGACCUCACCGUGACACAGCCACUAUGGUCUUCACCUUCCAAGACGCCCUAGCGGAAAUCAACCACCACGGCGUCUUUCUCUCCCCGCAAACCAUCGGCCAGCUACAAGACAGAAUCAAGGCCGUCAAUGCCGGAACUGCUACUGCCGCAUCUCCACUCUCUAAAAAGCGCAAAGCAGAUAUCCCAGACUUGGACUCGGACUUGCUCUCGGACAAAGAAAACAACAUCGCGCCCAACGGCGCAGAUAUCAGCGAAGAGGAGGAUGACAUAGACUCAGACGACGACCGCCUCGCAACCCCGAAAUGGAGCUGUGGGCAAGUCCGCGCCAAGAUCCGCAAGUUCGUCGAAAAGGACAAAGUGAUGAAAGUGAGCGAGUUCCAGAACGCUAUUGGCGUGUCGGGGAAAUCGUACUACGCGUUCAUGAAGCAGAAUGGGGCGUGGGCGGGGUCUGAGUCGAAUUCGUUUAUCCAUGCGCAUCGGUUCUUUAUGAAGAGGGAGCUACUUGGGCUUAAUAAAAAGGGGAAGAAGGGGAAAGGCAAAGACGAGGGGAACGAGCCCGCGAAGAAGAAAUCCAAGACGGAGGCCGCCUCUGGUAAGAAGACGAAGGAGGCGCUGUUUGCUGAAAAGUAUGAUGUUAGCUCUGUUUCGCUGCCUGGUGAAGCAGAGGGCAAGGUAGCAGUCUACGACCAGUGUGACGAGAUCAGGAAGAAGAUCAAUGCUGUUCUACGGGAACCAAACAUGACGCGGGCAGCAUUCUGCAGGGAAAUCUCGAAGACGUGGCCGGAUCGAGCAGCCGAUCUCAAGGAGAAUGCAUUGCAAGGGAGGUCGCUGGCGUCAUUUCUUUCGAAGAAAGGCUCGCGCGAGGGAAGAACGAGCUUGGUUUUCUAUGCCUCGUAUGUGUUUUUUGAGAAGCUGAGGAUUCGCGAUGGGAAGCCCAAGACACAGUUCCGGGAGGAAAUGGAGGAUAUCUGGGGUCCCAGUGGUUUUGAUAUUUGGACGUCGACAAGCACAAGGUAUCUUACGACGAGGAAUGUGUAUCUCUACACGGACAAGUAUGGAAAGGUUAGGGCAGCUUGAUUGGUUCGCAGUGUGUUUAGGGGAUUUCGGGUUGUACAUUAGGUUUUUCAUUGCGUUCCUGUACAUAGUUGUUUGUUGUUAUUGGAGUUUUGUACUAAAUAUAAUUUCAAUCAGGUCUCUUAGAAUAUCCGCAACA